GCGGUAUGUACCGGUAUAUGUUUCCAGCAUCUGUAAUCCUGGAGGAGUUCUACGAAUACGAUAGGCCCUAACAGGAUCCAUGUCCGAAAAGCGCAAUGGUAAAAGUCUCCUUCAAUGGGUACAGUCAUCUUGUUCCACCAUGUAAUGAAGAUCAUCAAUAAACUGGAUGGAAGAAUGAGUCAAUAAUGAGUCAAGAAUUUCUUCUACUCCAGCAAUAAAACACCUCACGAUUUCCAUUAUGACUUGCCGCAGCCCCCUAUUUGGUUGCAGACUCUUCAAGGGAUUCUUUCCCUAUCUUUGUAUCUGCAAGAGUGCUCCAGUCCCCAUAGUGUCCAAAAGCAAGAGCCAGAUCUUGUUGAUCCAACAGUUGCAUAAGCAUGGAUUCUCUGGCUUUGAGAGGGCCUUGGUAGAACACGACUUCCGUAAGACGGGAACUAAAUUGAAAUUUGUACAUCCCAAGAGACUGAUAUCAGAAUCUAAGUCCGAUGCAUUUGAGAGAACUGCCUCUGGAAGAUUAGAUAACUUUGAAGAUGACGGUUUAUCCAGUAAGAGUUUGCUGAACACAGAGCUGUCUUCUGCAGAUGCGAGUGUCAUUCCUGAAGACGAGGCUGAGGUGUGGGACCAGAACCAGGAAUUAGAGAUUGACAUCCUUGAGGAGACAGAGAACCCCAAGAUCCUUGAACACUUUGCUGACAUACCACUCAUGCCAGAGACAUAUACCCUUGCCUCGUAUGUGGACCAUUCCGAGACCCUGCAGAAGCUUGUGCGAAUGGGCGUGGACCUUUCCAAGGUGGAGAGCAGGAAAGGGGUGGCCACCAUGCUUAUGAAGAUGGAUUUUGACAGAGACAUAAAGGACAAGCUAGCAUUUUUACACCACACGGGAGUCCCAGGAGAGCAUCUAGGAUCUUUUGUCACCAAGAACCCUUUCAUUCUUGGUGAAGAUGUGCGGAAUCUAGAAGCCAGGGUACAUUAUUUGCAUCAAAAAGGGUUUUCUGAGACUGCCAUUUCCCAGAUUGUUUGUCGUGCCCCUUACAUCCUUAAUUUCUCUGUGGAGAGGAUUGACAACAAACUAGGUUACUUUCAGCAGCUUUUAAGUUUUUCUGAUUCCAAAGUCAGAGAGAUUAUCACCAGGUGUCCCAAGCUGGUCACCAUGAAAGUUUCAAGACCCAAGGAGAACUUGUUUGUCCUAGAGUUCCAGUGUGGUUUCAGUAAGGUAGCCUUACGCUCCAUGGUCCUCAAAGAACCAGCAAUGCUGCUCAGAGGUAAACAUCGUUUGAUUUCAACUUUUGACUACCUCCACAACGUCAUGGAGAUCCCACACAAGAUGUUUCUUAAGUCACCAGAAAUCUUCCUCGGCCAAGUUAACAGGGUUAAGGAUCGACACAAGUAUCUGACAUUGCUCGGACGGAACCAGUAUGAUCCCAAAGAGCCUGGUUAUGUUCCGCUGAUGUCCAUGUUCAAACUACCAGAUGAGGUCUUCUGCAAAGACAUCGCUAGGACUUCACUCGGAGAAUACGAGAGAUUCUUGAAGACAAGCCGUUCAUGAUGCAUAAGCCAGUUCGUAGUUCCUUUCUGGAGUUUCUGCGCAUGAUCAAAAGAUUCUAUGCAUGAUCAGAGGAAGGUC